UUCUGGCGGAUCCUGGAUGCUAAAACGGAAGGGACGAAAUAAAAUUUAUCUGAAGUUAAUGGAGGGGAAUGGGCGACAUCAGAAACCGUCGAAGGGGGCAACAAUGAAAAAAUCACGUCCGGAUCCAUGGUAGCAGCUCAUCGAGAUUCAUACAUCACAAUUCACAUAUAAAAGAUGAUCGCAACAGAAGAGUUUACCUUCCCCGUGAUCAGCAGCAACGCCGCCCUCAAUCUCGCACUCCUGCCGCCUCUCUGGAGAAUCUCCGAUCCCGAUCAAACGAGCACCGCCACCGCACACCGCCGGCAGUUCGCGAGCCAAGCCGUCAAAAUCGACGAUGCGGAGGAGGACGCCCAAAGAGAGGAAGCGGGGAGUGAAUCGCAGGAGAAGAUGGAUCUACUGUGGGAGGAUUUCAACGAGGGAUUACAGAGCUCCGCCGAUUCUGAAUUAAGCGAAGAAACUAGUGAAAAUCAUCAUAGCAAUAAUAGCAACAACAAAAGUGGCGGGGAUGAAUUCGAAGAUCUAGAUCUGGAGGAGUGCGCUAAUGUGCGCCAAUUGAGAUUGAUCCGUGCAAAGCCGAGGAAGAUGGAAUCGCUGGUGAAGGUAGUGAAGAAGCUUUUCGCGCGCACCAACCAACAAAAGACCAAUCAUUGAUAUGCACACAACAUACAGUUGCAUACGAAUUCGAUAGAUAUGUAUUGUUGAUUCAGGAAGAAUUGUAAGAUCCGUCUUAUUAUGAUUGGGUUUGUAUAAUAUAUUUAGAGUAAAGGCCAAAAUUGGUCCUUAACAUAUAGCCAUUUUACGAUUUUGGUCCUAAACAUUAUCUUUUGGAUUUUUUGGUCCUGCACAUAUGGACA